CAUGACCCCGAUGAUGAGCCGGUCGCUCCUCCUCUGGACCCCGAAUUCUUCGAGUUCGACCUCCACAAAGAUGACAUCUCACGCGAUCAACUUAAAGAGCUACUCUACGAGGAGAUCAUGAGCUUCAAACCUUCAAUCUAA